GAUCACAUGUAGUUGGAGGAGCUUCUCUCAUCCAUGUGCCUGCUGGUUUGAACCUGGGGAUGAGAGGGAGCCCCCACAGCACCUCUGCUUUAUCUCCCUCCUCCUCUUCAAACUGUGAGCAACACACAUAGUUCUCAACUCGGAUUACUGCUGUUUGCAGCAUUUGAAACCCUCCAUGGAGUAUUGACGGGGCAACUGGCACCUAGGAUUCCUCCUUGGAUAUUUUUUUUUUUUUUUUUUUUUUUUGGUCCGAGUGGUUUGAGAUCUUCUGUGCGUGGGAAUGAUGUCUCUGUGCUGGAGCAGAAGCAUCUGGUUUCCAGUGGUGUUUUGUGGCGUGCUGGUCCUCCUCACCGCUGUAGAUGCUGGACCAAACCAGGACAGGAGACAGACUCAGCAGUCUCCAUGCUUUGGAGGCUUUGAUCUCUACUUUGUUCUGGACAAAUCUGGAAGUGUGCAGAACCACUGGAAUGAAAUCUACUACUUUGUUGAACAUCUGGCACACAAAUUCAUAAGCCCACAGCUGCGGAUGUCCUUCAUCGUGUUCUCCACCAACGGACAGAUCUUGAUGAGACUGACAGAAGACAGGGAACGUAUCCAUAAAGGUCUGGAGGAGCUCUAUGCAGUUCAGCCAGGAGGAGACACUUUCAUGCACGAGGGCAUCCAGCGGGCUAGUGAGCAGAUUUACUAUGGAAACAUAGAAGGUUACUGCACUGCCAGCGUCAUAAUAGCUCUGACAGACGGAGAGCUGCAUGAGGACUAUCUCUUCUAUGCAGAGAGGGAGGCAAACCGCUCCAGAAGUCUGGGUGCCACGGUUUACUGCGUUGGAGUCAAGGACUUCAAUGAGACACAGUUGGCGAAGAUCGCUGACAGCAAAGACCACGUCUUCCCUGUGAAUGGUGGAUUUGAGGCUUUGCAAGGAGUCAUAGAUUCGAUUCUGAAGAAGUCCUGCAUUGAGAUCCUGGCAGCAGAGCCAUCCAGCAUAUGUGCAGGAGAGUCAUUCCAGGUUGUGGUGACAGGAAAUGGGUUCCUCCAUGCCAGAAACGUCGACAAAGUUUUGUGCAGCUUCCGGAUCAAUGACACUAUGACCAAGAUGAUGAAGCCCCUGACCGUAGAGGACACAUAUCUCCUUUGCCCCGCCCCUGUCCUACAGGAAGAGGGGAUGGCAGCGAACCUGGAUGUCAGUAUGAACGAGGGGCUCAGCUUUAUCUCCAGUUCAGUCACCAUUACCACUGUGAAAUGUUCUGACGGGACCCUCCUGGCCAUAGCUCUGCUUAUCCUCAUGCUACUUCUGAUUUUGGCUCUCCUCUGGUGGUUCUGGCCUCUCUGCUGCACUGUGAUCAUCCACGAACCGCCACCACCCCCUGUGGAGGAAAGCUCGGAUGAUGAGGACUUUGAAACCCCUAAGAAAAAAUGGCCGACAGUAGAUGCCUCCUACUAUGGAGGAAGAGGAGUGGGGGGGAUCAAACGGAUGGAGGUUCGCUGGGGGGAAAAAGGCUCCACAGAAGAAGGCGCAAAGCUGGAGAAAGCCAAAAAUGCCAAAGUGAAGAUGCCCGACCAGGAGUACGAGCCGCCGACCACUCGGGUUCUCAACAACGGCAUGAGGAAACCUCCGGCGCCACGCACGAUGUAUGAACUUCACCCGCAUAAAGUCACCGCCUCCUCGCUACCCCCACUUGAACUACCACCCUUCACCCAUCUGCAACCCUCCCAACAGAAGUCCUCCUCCACCCCAGGGCUCCCUGCCCCCGACUCCUGGCAGCCCUCAGUCCUUUUCUUUCUCCAUGCCUCCAUCACCUCCUUCACCGCCUCCUCCUGUCAUCCCCACUCCCUCGCCACCCCUCACCCCUCCCCCUUACACGCCGCCUCCCAACCGAGCUCUUCCUCCUUCCACCACCUACAUACCUGCUCCACCAGUGUCCCCACCCACCCCUCCACCCUGUGCCCCUCCAGCUGGCCCACUGCCGCCGCCUCCUCCACAAGCACCGCCCCCUGGGCGAGCCCCCCCACCGGCCCGUCCACCGCCCCGUCCUAGCCUGUAGAGCAGUGGCAGCAGACAGGAGAGAUGCAAAACGUAAGGCGACCAGUGGUCAACUGGCAGGGAUGUCAUUUGUGCUUGGAAGCAAGGACAUGUGAGUGUCUCCUGCCCUAUGGAGAGAGGCCAGAAGGACUUCUGUCCAGCUAAUUGUCUACAGUGACUUUUGUACACACUUAGCAGAACACUGCAACUACUUAAGAUGCUUGAAUUACACUCUAUAGACAGCUCACACAAAUGAAAUCAUGCAGACCGGGUCCAGAACAUUUGUGCAGAUGAUGCUCAGAGGUGCCACAGAACCCACUGACCCCUCCAUGCGGACAUAAUUUUGGAUGAAUCCUAAGGAGCUUGGACUAAAGUUCCUGCAUGUACUGGUCAUGACAUUAAAAUGCACGCCUGUCAGUUGUAAUAUUUCUGACGAAAGAUGAAACUCGGGCUUCAAAUGUUUUUGGCUUCCAGCAGACUUUUUUUUAAAGUUUCAGCAGCUGCAUGCAAAAGAAGGUUUCUGUGAGCUUUGUGGUUUUAGUUUUUUAUAAAGUUUUCAAUUAUGUUUUUUUUUUUAGAUGUUUAUCUUACAUUUUUCUAGCCUUUCUUUCUUUUUUUCCCCCUUUCUUUUUUACAAAAACUGAACAAAGGAGAAACAAGAAAUGCUUUGUUAUCCAUUUUUACUCAAGGACAGACACAUGAUGCACAACCACAUUCUUGUAUAUUUACCACUGGGGUUCAGUAUCAUUGUUUGGAAGCUGAAGACAACAGCUGCUGUAGCUGUAAAAGUAGAAUACUUGCUUGAUAUAGAAACAUGUCAGCAGACGGGUCCAUUCUCUGCAGGUUUUUCUAUUCGAAAUGUGCCAAAUAUUGACAGUGAUGGACAGGUCUGGAUUUCAGUCUGGACCUGAGGAAUGAGGAAGCAUACGAUUUGGCAGUGGCUUGCUAAAAUAAGCAAAGAUGGGGGUGGGGGGCAUAUCCUGCUCCAAAACUGGUUUAUAUUGUUCAACACCAACAGCACCUUAGCAGAUAGUUCAUGUGUUGUGCACUAUUAAAUCCCUAAACCAUCUUGUUUUUUUCAUCAGGGACAUGGUAAGCUCAUAUUUGUGACAUUAAGCUGUGCUCACUUGUAGUGUGAAGUUUGUGGAGACACCAGCUCCAAUGUUCUCACAGAUUUCUUUUUUUUUUUUUGUCUCAUCUCUUAUCACCUGAAAUCUUAAAAUUGAAUUGUCUAAACGUCGUAAAAUUCCCCAGUUUGUUCAGCUAAUGUGUAUUUUAAAAAAAGGGCCUGUUUAAACUAGUAAAUGGUUAAACACAUCUCUACAUUAUCGUCUCAAAGUGUCUUGGGGAAAGUUUUGGAUCCUACACCCAGCAUGGUUGCUGGCCUACUUAAUUGGAGCGCCUUGCAAAGUUUACAUACCCCAUGAACUUUAUUCACUUGGUAACAUUGGAGUCACAGUUUACAGUGUAUUGUAUCUGGAUUUCAUGUGAUAGACCAACACAAAAAAAGGCUAAUAAAUGGUUUCCAGAUUUUUAUAAUUACAUAUCUUAAAA